UCAAACGCUCGAAGGAACGACGCAUUGUCGUUCUUCCGCUCUGUCGAGAAUCAAAGCCAGCAUGAAGUGAACCCAGGUAUGUCCCUAUAUUUACAUCCUCUAAUUCUGCACCCAACAUGCUCUCCCCAUACCCGAUCCGAGGUUAUAACUUCGUCCCACCCUCCUCCCAAUUCACGGCCAAGCAAGAACGCUACCGCGGUCUGUACGGAAACAGCACAAGGUACGGCAGCACGCCAAAAAUACGCCCCCCUCAUCUUCCUCCGACGAUCUAACUCGCACCUCCGCUGGCUGAAUACCCCCAGAGUUCGUUUUCCCCGUCUUAAGGCUCCUCCUUUUAGCUCGUCCUCACGGCAGCUCUAUUCUCGUUUUCUCCGUCCAAAGGCCCGCCAGGGGAGCCCUUGUCCUCAUUUCGGCCAGCGCGUGCGCGACCGCAUGAGCCAGUGCUAUGAUGUCGUCAACAAUGGCGAGCCUGCUGCUCACCAGACGCCGCGGCGCGCUCCCGAACGCAUCUCUGACUUCCCCGCUCCCGCACAUACUUCUGACUGCACCGCGCGCGCGCUUCGCGAAGGAUACUCGUGCGGUACCAGUACGGUGCCAUGCCCGCCGGCGAACGCAGCCCAUUCGUGGUCAACGCAGCCUAAUUCGUAGCCAAAGCGAUGUCGCGACUGCGCGGUGAGGACAGUAACGGCGACUGCUCGGUGGCGAAUGCGACAUCGAUAGCGAUGCUCUUCGAUGGCUUUUACGCCCCAAGUCUUCGAUGGCGCGUUUUCCUCCCCCGAAUAGUGUGCGCUCUCGCUGUUCAGCUGCGUGGACGCUCCAA